GACUACAGACCAUCCCGUCUUGCAUCCAUCUGCUUGGGAUGGAGAAGUUCUCUGCAUUCCGAGACCCAGGAACGGGCAUCCAGCCUUUUCUCACCCCAAUCCCGCCAGUCAACUCAGACGUCCUCGCUACAGCACUACUUCCAGUUGGAUAUUUACUCGGUGUAAUACGGACCGCGCUCAUAGCUGUACUCGGUGUGUUGUACGCGCUUCUGGUUAGUGGAGUCUGUGCUGUGUUAAUAAUAGUGCCGCCAUUGCACCGCGCAGCGACGUAUAUUCUUACCGCCUUUAUUACUCGUCUAGUGCUUCUACUCGUAGGCGUGUGGUGGAUUCCGGUGGGAGUUGUAACACGAAAGCGAACACCACGGGGAUCCACGGGACUCGAGAAGUGGAAUCCAAAAGCAGGAGAUGUGAUUGUCUCUAACUGGGUUUCGUGGAUAGAAUUGCUUUGGCUGGCGUUCCGCUUCGACCCCAUCUUCGUUCUCCCGGUAUCUGACCCAGUAGAUCUCUCCUCGGCAUCUCGGUCCUCGACUCCACUCUCCGUGACACCAGGUCGCCGCACAGGAACAGGUUCGGCAGCCAUCUCGUCCCCUUCAACUCGCGCGCCAACGCCUCACUCUAACAUCGUUGGAUUCCGCAAAGCAUCCUUGUUUAGCAUGCUGGCUGCCACUGGAUCUGUGCCUCUGCCCCGCGAGCGGGCUGGAGAGUACAGCCCGCUCGAAGAUAUCCGGAGGAGAGCCGACAGGCCCAUUGUUGUCUUCCCUGAGUGCACCACGAGCAAUGGGAGAGGUCUUCUUCGAUUCGUCCCCGUCUUUUCCUCGUUGACGUUGCCUGUGAAGGACUUCCAGGUCUUCGUGAUGUGCGUCCGGUAUGACCCUCCAACGCCCUUAACACCUACACUGUCGCACUCGUUGCCCUCAAAAAUGCUGAACCCUCUGCCGCACAUCUUCAGGUUGGCGAACACCCUCCUUCCGCUGACGCUCUCCAUCCGUCUCCUUGUGCCGUCGGAGUCGCCGAGCUCAGGCGCAUUCCUGGCAAGCGAAUUUUCGACACCGGGGAGCAAGAAUAACGAUAUCCUGACGGAAGCAUGCGCGGCGUUGAUUGCACAAAUUGGAAAAACGAAACGCGUUGGACUGGGGUGGGAAGAUAAGGUGGCAUUCCUCGAAUUUUACAAGGGCAGGCGGAAAUAAUGUACACGUGCUGUGGUUUACCUGAGGCCUCGCGAUACAUGGGAAAUACUGCUGCUUAGUAAUACAAACGAGACCUUGUGCUCGUAGAUUGACAUGCAUAGCGGGUAUGGGGACUGCGAGAUGCAAGGGUGUACAGCGACGAUACGUAUCGUUCAGAACUCUGGAGGCGUCAGACGAUUAUAUGAGGACCAUUGGUCGGCAAUUCGGUCCAUUCGGACCCUGCGUUCAUCAGAUACACAGCUGAGCUCGUCAUAAAGGUCGGUAGCGCGCCGAGCUUUCGUCGGCGAGCGCGAACGGCUACGUCUCCGGCUGUACUCGGACUCUGGAAUCGCGAAGCGAGAAUGGCGCUCGUCAUGUCGCGGAGGGUGCUCAUCGUCACUGCUUUCAGGCUGGACUCUGCGUGGGCUAUCGUUCUGGAGGCCUCGCCGUCUGGCAGAAUAGUAAGGACUCCUUCGUGGGGUAGUAUUCUGAUGGCGAGACAUCUCGAGCGGGGAUCGGGAACGACGGAGGUGAGGCCCUCGAGUUGUCGUUGGUGAACAUGGCUGGGAGUGAAUGUCCCUAUUUGUUGUUGGAGAACGCAAGCGAUACUGUGCAUGCUCUUCCCGAAGAGUCUUCUUGCCCUGCUCAGUCCUAAGCGGGAGAUCUACAGCAUAAGAAGAUACGCUAACAUAGCUGCUGAGCGCGAUGCGAUGACCAAGGAGAUCUUGGCCGUCGAGCUCUUUCACCGCGCGAUCGGCGUCCUCCUGAGUAUAGUAUUCCAGGAAGCUGAGAUGAUGUCAGCUGUUUUCAGCUUCGCAGUGGCAAACCACCGACCCUCUUCGGCGAUUAUGCUUAUCGAUGUCACAGAAAGCGACAGUACUUCCAGUCCGCCGGCCAAAAUCUUUCAGUUCCUGACAUUCAAUCUGUGAG